AUGGAUAAUUCGACUGAAAUGCUGAUUUUUCUACAAGUACUGAAUGAUACGAAGUCAAACAAACAGACAUACUUUGUCGUCACUCUUCUCGUUUACCAUUUUACUAUUUUAGUGAAUCUGACUUUGAUCGUGACAAUUAUUUUAGAUAGAAUGCUCCAUGAGCCCAUGUUUAUAUUUCUGUGCAACCUGUGUGUAAAUGGGAUAUUUGGCGCCUCUACAUUUUAUCCGAAAAUAUUGGUGGACUUUUUAUCUGACGUGAGUGUUACUCCGUAUAAAGCUUGUCUCGCUCAAAUGUUUGUAAUAUACAGCUACGUCUUCUGCGAAAUCACCACGUUAGCGGUGAUGGCUUAUGACAGGUACGUCGCAAUAUGCAAACCACUCAAUUACCACUCCAUCAUCACGCCUGGCAAGGUGGUUAAAUUUUUGAUUUUUACCUGGCUGUUUUCCAUCUGUGAGUCAGCAAUUGCUAUCUGCCUGGUUGCCAGACUACCUCUCUGUGGAUUCCGUAUCGAAAAGCUGUACUGCUCCGCCUGGCCAGUGGUAAAGCUGUCAUGUGUAGAUACCACUAUCAACAAUGUAUACGGGUCCGUCCUCAUGGUUUUACACGUUUUACAAGCACUGGUGAUCUUGUUUUCCUAUGUUAAUAUCAUCAAGGCAUCUGUGCGAUCGCAGGAAGAACGGAGUAAAUUCAUGCAGACCUGUCUGCCCCAUUUGAUCUCAUUGACAAACUUCUCGGUAGCAAUCGUUUUUGACAUCAUGUACGCUCGCUAUGGUUCCACCACCAGCAUGCAGUCUCUCCGUAAUUUCAUGUCCCUGGAGUACCUCGUUGUUCCACCGAUGCUAAACCCCCUCAUCUACGGCCUGAAACUAAGCCAAAUCCGCCGGAGAAUCUUUAGAAUUUGUAGCCGGAAAAGAGAUGUUCUUAAAUGA